AUGCGGCCGUCUUCUUACCUGGCCCUGCUCGCGCCGGCGGCGCUCGUCGCCGUCGUGUCGGCGGAGCCUGCGCCCAAGCUCUCGCCCCUCAUCGUCAACUUUGACGAGAAGCUCGAGGGCCGGACGGGCACGUACGAAAAGGUCGAGGACGUGGUCGGCAAGCUGUCGCUCGAGUCCAAGUUUGCGCCCAACUCGCACAAUGAGUCGGCCGGCGGCGAGGGCGGCGACGUGCGCGCGCGCGAUGCGACGCAGGAGCUGACGGCGCGGACGGUCCUCGACGUGCUGCUGAACCGCCGCCAGUACUGCAACACGGGCUACGGCUACUGCUCCAGCUUCGGACGGUGCUGCCCGCAGUCGGACCGCUGCUGCUCGUACGGCUACUGCCUGCCGCCCAACACGCGGUGCUGUCCCACGGGGCCCUGCGAGGGCAACAAGCUCUGCUGCGGACGCUCGCACUGCUCGCCCAUCGGCGGCGACUGCUGCAGCGACGAGAGCUACUGCGAGCCGGGCAACCGCUGCUACCGGGUGCCCUCGCUGGGCAGCCGGCCCGUGUGCUGCACCAACUCGCGGUGCACGGCCGUGGUGCGCGACGGCAAGACGACGUACGCGACGACGAGCACGACGACGCGCACCUACACGACGACAUACUCGCAGUACUACUACUGGACCAUCACCUACUACUACUACUAUUACUACUGGACCUACAGCUACCAGAUCGAGGCCUCGGUCGUGACGUCGACGCGCCGCACCACGUACACGACGCUCAGCGUGCGCACCACGGACCGCGGCGCCGCCUCGUCCUACUUUAGCUCCGUCUCCCAGACGCUGUCCCUGCCGACCCCCGCGGCCGCCACGUCGCUCGCCUCGCUCACGGGCGUCACGUCGCACGCGUCCAAGGCGGCCGACGACACGACCGACGCCGGGCCGAGCCCCACGGACGCGAGCUCCGACAGCGGCGGCGGCGACGCGACGGCCAGCUCGGCCAGCUCGGCGGCCACCACCACGACGGCCAGCGGCGGCGGCAGCGGGAACAACGGCGGAGGCGGCUCGUCUGCCGCCAGCGCGCUGUGGUCGCAGGUGGACCUCUUCACCACGCUGUUCAUGGCCUUUGGCGCCAGCGUCGGCGUGGCCGCGGUGCUGCUGUGA